GUGUCCCCUCAGAAGUCCCAAAUGUCCCCAAGGCCACCCCGGGUGUCCCCAGGUGUCCCCAAGGCCACCCCAGAUGUCCCCAAGGCCACUCCAGGUGUCCCCAGAUGUCCCCAAGGUCCCCUCAGAAGUCCCAGAUGUCCCCAAGGCCACCCCGGCUGUCCCCAGCUCCCGUCCGGCCGUGGCCGAAGCCCCUCAGGCGUCGCCGCUCGCAGCGUCCGGCCCGGCCCAGCAGCUCCACCUGCACCGGCCGCGCCUGCUGGCCACCGUGGCUACCGAGAGCCUGGCCCUGCUGGCCACCGUGGCUACCGAGAGCCUGGCCCUGCUGGCCACCGUGGCUACCAAGAGCCUGACCCUGGUGGCCACCGAGAGCCUGGCCCUGGUGGCCACCGAGAGCCUUGGGAUUGUCCCCGCUGGCCCCUUGGCCACUGGACCUGCAGCCGCAGCCACCACGGCCACCGCAGCCUUGUCCACCCUGCCAGUGGCCACCAAACCCAUCCUGGUGGCCACCAACCCCUUGACCACCACCCCAAUGACCACCAAACCCAUCCUGGUGGCCACCACCAGCUUCAGUGUUCCUGCUGCUCUGGUGGCCACCAAACCCAUCGUGGUGGCCACCAACCCCUUGACCACCACCCCAGUGUCCACCAAACCCAUCCUGGUGGCCACCACCAGCUUCAGUGUUCCUGCUGCUCUGGUGGCCACCAAACCCAUCGUGGUGGCCACCAACCUCUUGACCACCACUCCAACGACCACCACCGCCAUCUUGGUGGCCACCAACCCCAUCUUGGUGGCCACCAACCUCUUGACCACCAACCCAAUGACCACCAAACCCAUCCUGGUGGCCACCACCUUCAACGUUCCUGCUCUGGUGGCCACCAACCCCAUCUUGGUGGCCACCAACCCCUUGACCACCACCCCAGUGGCCACCACCGCCACCUUGGUGGCCACAACCCCCUUGACCACCACUCCAACGACCACCACCGCCAUCUUGGUGGCCACCACCGCCAUCUUGGUGGCAACCACCACCCUCCCAAUGACCACCAAACCCAUCCUGGUGGCCACCACCUUCAACAUUCCUGCUCUGGUGGCCACCAACCCCAUCUUGGUGGCCACCAACCCCUUGACCACCACUCCAAUGACCACCAACCCCAUCUUGGUGGCCACUAACUCCUUGACCACUGGCCCUGUGGCCACCAAGCCCUUGACCACCACCGCAUGGCCACCACCGCCAUCUUGGUGGCCACAACCCCCUUGA